GUCAGAUUCCAUGUAGAAAAAUGAAUCGAAAUCAAACCGAACACAAAUGAUUUUAGUUUGAUAAGGAGUAUAAUAUUUUCUAAUUAAUACAAUUCUAGAGAUUAGAGCUUGAUGAUCUAGAUCUUGUGAAUGUCCUUUCAGCGUUGAUGUAUUUGUCAAGUUGCGGUCUCUCCCUAGCAUGUCUAGAGUUUGGUUUUUCCUUAGCAGAUCUAAGGUUUUAUUCUUCCGGCCGUUAAAUCCCCUUCACUUGUGUCUGGAGUUGGGAUUGGAUUUGAGGCAGAUUGACAAAAAUCCUUGCCCAAGCUUGAUGACAUCGAAGCUAGAGUUCAGCGAUCAAUUUCUUCGUGAGCAGGGUAGCAAGGGCAUGACAUCGAUGAAGAUGACCGCUAGCGGUGGAUUUGCUACGAGCGCGGGAUGAGGAGAGGUGCACGGAUUUCGAGCAGGCCAGAUGACGAUUGACAAUUGGAGGAUCAAUUAGAGUGGUACCAAGGAUACGGCCUACUCCUGAACCACCGCCAUGGGUUGUACGAGAUGUUAGAGUCCGUGAAAAUUUUCCUAUUUAUUAUUUUUAUUAUGUCAUUUAACUUCUUGUUAUCGUCUAUGUUGUUAGAUUUGUUCGUUUGUUUGGAAAUUCAACCUUUUUAACCUUUUUUUAUAUCAUUUAGCAUGUUUGGAUCUACGACCAUGAUUGUGUGAAACCGCGAUUAGCCAUUCCUUUGCUCUUUCAGGUUGACCCUUCUCUAAGUUUUCAUAGAGUUUACCGUCUACAAGCCUAUAAUAUGUUCUAAAUCGAAUUUCCAGGUGGCCUACAAACCUCUUGCUCUCCAGUCGCCUGCGUGCUCUCCGAUUUCCUGUCAGGUUUUGCGGCAAAGUUGGCAUAGGAAAUUGCAUUAUUAUAUAUACACAUAUAAUUAAGAAGAUGAGGCCAAUAUUGAUGAAAGGCCAUGAGAGGCCGCUAACUUUUCUCAAGUACAACCGGGAAGGUGAUCUACUCUUCUCGUGUGCCAAGGACCACGAUCCAACUGUUUGGUUUGCUGACAAUGGCGAGCGCCUAGGAACUUACCGUGGUCAUAAUGGCGCCGUUAAUUGCUGUGACGUCUCUCGUGAUUCAAGUAGACUAAUAACUGGAAGUGCGGACACAACAGCAAAGCUCUGGGAUGUUAAGACGGGCACUGAGCAGUUCACAUUCAAAUUUGAUUCACCAUGUAGGUCUGUUGACUUUUCUGUUGGUGAUAAGCUUGCAGUUAUUACCGCUGAUCCAUUCAUGGGACUUUCUUCUGCUAUCCACGUAAAAAGAAUUGCUAGAGAUCCAGAGGACCAAACUAGCGAGUCUGUGCUGAUCCUUAAGGGGUCCCAAAAAAGGAUCAAUAGAGCUGUUUGGGGACCUUUAAAUAAAACUAUUAUUAGUGGUGGUGAAGAUUCUGUUCUUCGUAUCUGGGAUGCUGAGACAGGAAAGUUACUUAAGGAAUCUGAUAAAGAAUCUGGACAUACGAAAGGGAUAACUUCUCUGGAAAAAUCCAUAGAUGGUUCGCACUUUAUAACCGGUUCAUUAGAUAAAUCAGCAAAGCUUUGGGACAUCAGAGACCUGACACUCCUUAAAACAUAUGUAUCUGAGCGCCCAGUGAAUGCUGUUACAAUGUCACCACUGCUGGAUCAUAUUGUGCUUGGAGGUGGUCAAGAUGCAUUAAGUGUGACAACCACUUCUCAUCGUGCUGGGAAGUUUGAGGCUAUAUUCUAUGAUAAGAUUCUUCAAGAAGAGAUUGGUGGUGUGAAAGGGCACUUUGGACCCAUUAAUGCUUUGGCUUUCAAUCCUAAUGGAAGAAGUUUUUCAAGUGGAGGUGAAGAUGGGUAUGUGAGAUUGCAUCAUUUUGACUCUGAUUACUUUCAUAUCAAGAUUUAAGAUUGAAGCGCAGCAUGUUCAAACUCAUAACUGCUGUUAUUUUUCCAACUUUGAUCUUUUUCCCUCAUUAUUAUUAUUAUUAUUUUAUUUUAUUUCAACGUUUUUGGGGGUGUGAAAGACCUUGUAAAGAACGUAUAUGGUGUUUUUUGUGUUGAUUAAUGUUCACUCGAUUUACUGCCUUUUGGCUUGAUACUUUACUCGUGGACUCUUCCCUUUCACCAAAUUUGAAUGAUAGGAAUUGUAUUGAUGAAGCAAGAAUUAGAUAUUCU